AUGACGACCACUCCCAACAAGCCAGAUUACUUCGCUUAUGACAGUAAUGGAAUCAAGAGGAGGGGAAGCAAUCGCCCUAUCAUUGACAACCCUCUCUGCCAUUUCACUGACCACGAGUUGGAGGACGAUGUUCGGGCUUUUGUACAGAGGAACCUUCCCUCGGUAAACUAUAAGGACUUGCUACGAGCGGCAAAGGUUGCAAAGGGAAUCCAAAUAUAUGAUGAGGCAUCGCGACAUCCAGCAAGCUACGACGAGAGAAAUCGACUAUCUGUGUUACUGACAGAGGAGGAGAAAUCAGCGCUUCGAAGCGAAAAGGAUCACGCCUUUAGCGAAAAGGGCAUGUUCGUUGUUAUUGUUACGGUGUCACUGGCAGCGUUCUUACAAGGUUUUGUGCAAUCAUCGUUCAAUGGCUCCUCGUUGUACAUGUCGGAAUGGGGUCUGUUCCAUACUGGCGGUGACAAUCAAAUCGGCGACAGCGAUUGGCAGCUUGGUGCUGCAAGUGCAGCGCCGUUUUUAUUUGCAGCAUGCCUAGGGUGUCCUCUCUCGUUGCCAGUUAAUUACUGGUUUGGAAGAAGGGGUGGUAUUGGCUUGGCGGCAUUCUUGGUUUUGGUUAGCUCCAUUGCGGCCAUCUUUGCGACAAAUUGGUAUGAAAUGUUUGGUAUUCGAAUCAUAAAUGGCGUUGGCAUGGGCUUGAAAGCUGUUAGUACUACCAUCUUGGCUAGCGAAACUGCUGUUGGAUUUUGGCGUGGUUCCGCCAUUCUUGCCUGGCAGCUAUGGGUUGCCUUUGGCAUCAUGAUGGGCUUUGCCUUCAACUUGAUCUUCACAAAAGCGGCAGACAAUAUAACCACGUAUCGUCUAAUCCAAGGUGCUCCUUUGGUUCCGUCCUUGGCUCUUCUCAUCGUGGUAAUAUUUGUCUGUCCUGAGUCGCCUCGCUAUCACCUGUUAAAGGGCCCGAACUAUAGUGUUGAGAAGGCAUAUGCAAUGUUGAAGCGCGUCCGAAACACUGAGUUGCAAGCGCUUCGAGAUAUAUAUCUCGUAUACAAAUCCAUUGAACAGGAGAAUAUGGACUUUAACGACCUAGACGCCAAUGCAACACGGUCACCCGGCUUCAUUUGGGUCAUGCGCGAUUUUGCAAGGCAAUUCGUGCAAUUGUUCACGCAGCGUCGAUUAUACAAUGCCAUGAUUUCAACGUCGACUGUAAACCUGUCGCAGCAGCUCUGUGGUGUAAAUGUUUGCGCUUUUUAUUCAGGACUCGUCUUCAGCAAAGCAGGAGGCCCUAGUUCCACCAUCACCACAAAUAUGGCAUACAGCCUUGGCUUUGGCGCAAUCAACUUCGUUUUCGCCUUGCCAGCAGUUAAGAGUAUCGAUACCUUGGGGCGAAGACGGUGGCUUCUCCUCACGAUCCCGUUCAUGGCUGUGUUCAUGCUUGGAGCUGGUUUCGCAGACUAUAUCUCGGACCCUACCACUCGCAACGGCAUAACAGCAUGUUUUCUUUUUCUAUUUGCUGUCGCAUAUUCGCCUGGUCUUGGACCGAUCCCGUUCACCUUGGCGUCAGAGAGUUUCCCCUUGACACACCGAGAGGCUGGCACAGCCUGGGCAAUUUCGGUCAACUUGUUUUUCGCUGGGCUACUUGCCAUCCUAUUCCCGAGCGUCAACUCCGGACUCGGGCAAAAGGGCUCCCUGUUUAUCUUUGCCGUACUCAACGUCGUAGCCUUUAUAAUGGUGUUCCUCUUCGUCGAAGAAACCAAACAGCGAAGCUUGGAAGAGCUGGACUACAUCUUCGCUGUUCCAAAGCGCGAAUUUAUGAACUUCAAGGUUAUGACGUAUACCCCUUGGGUGAUAAGAAAAUACAUUCUUCGCCAGAAUCGACCCAAGCCAAAGCUAUACAGAGAUAUGAUCUGGGGGUCUCAGACAGGCGAACUACGACGAGCGCCGUCUGUCCUCCAACCUUCAGACGGCGAACCUACCGGUUUCACGAGGCAUGGAUCUGGGAGGCGUGAAUCUGGCCGAGUACUAAGACCAGGAGCGUCUUCACCUUCUUCGCCCUCUUCGCCCUCUUCACCCUCUUCACCCUCUUCACCCUCUUCACCUUCGUCCAAAAAAUUUCCUGCAGUCGCAUCCGGUUCUAAUACACCAGCACCCAGACUGCCGGAGUUCACAGGUAUAGACAUGCCAGAUCUCGUUGAGAUGGAAGAAAUUUAUCCGCCCGGGAUGCAUGUGCCUUUCGAGAGGGAGUAUGCGGGAGGCAGGUCUCCUACUGCAAAGGUGCAUGGUGAGGGAGAUGCUCCGGUGUCUCCAAAGAAGGAAGAAUGA